CGUGUCGACAUACAUCAUCAUAUAUUCCCUGCUUCCAUCGGCAAGGCUGCGCUGAGCGUGAAGGUGGGAUGGGAAACCCCUGCGGAGAACCUCCCGUGGACACCCGAUAUCAGUUUGGAAGCGAUGAAUAGGCUCGGGAUCCGUUUAGCCGUCCUCUCCUUGCCUGCUGGGCUUCCUGCGGGCCCUGUUGGCAACAGAAACCGUGAAUCCGCGAGAGAACUCAACGUUUUGACUUCACAGAUCUGUGUAAACUAUCCCGAUAAGUUCGCCUUCUUCGCUUGCAUGCCGAACCUUCUUGAUACACAAGGCAAUCUCCAGGAACUGAAGUUCGCUCUGGACGAGCUAGAAGCCCGCGGCGUUGCGUUAUCGUCCUCGUACGGUGAGGGGGCCGAAGCUAAAUACAUAGGAGACGACGCGUACGACGCUGUCUGGGAAGAACUGAAUAGGAGGGCCGCUGUCGUCUUUCUCCACGGUGCCCAGGUCCCAUCAUCCACACCAUACCCCCAUCCUUACCUCGGCAUCCCUGUAACAGAAGUGCCAAACGAGACGUUCAAGGCCGCCGCUCACCUCGUCGUCUCCGGCAAGAAGCGUCGUUUCCCCAACGUCAAGAUCAUCCUCGCCCAUCUCGGCGGGGUCGCCCCUUUCCUAGCCCCCCGCGUCGCUGUCCUCUCGAGGCAUAUGGGCUGUCCCCUUACCCACGAAGAGAUUCUGGAAGACUUCAGGUCCUUCUACUACGACACGGCACUGAGCACGCACGAAACGACCCUCACAGCCAUGGAGGCUUUCGUGGGCCCAGGUCGCAUCCUAUUCGGCUCAGACUUUCCAGGUACGGAUCCAACCAGCUCCGCAUGGCACGCAGGGUACUGCUGA